UCCGUCUACGUCGGUCGCCAAGAGAGUCAUCGUCAUCGUCGUGGUCUUCUCUCCGCCUCCCCACCUGAAACCUGACGGUGCCUACCCGAACCCUGGCGAGGUCGGCGGUUGGUUCCUUCUCGCCGUCGAACGGUAAACAAUCUGAGUUCCCGUCGUCAUGGAUCUUGCCGGCCUUGUCGUCGUUCUCCGUUCCGCGCUUAGCCACACUUGCGAGGAGCGCAAGGCCGCCGAGGAGAGCCUCAACCAGUUACAAUAUACACCACAGCAUUUGGUGAGGGUACUGCAGAUCAUAAUAGAUGGUAGUUGUGAUAUGGCUGUGCGACAAGUGGCCAGCAUUCAUUUCAAAAACGUUGUGGCUAAACACUGGUCACCUCAUGAGCCUGGGGAGCCCUGGAAAUUACCGGAGAGUGAUAAGAGAAUGGUCCGUGAUAAUAUCAUUGAAUUUAUUGCUCAAGUUCCUUCAUUGUUGAGAGCACAACUUGGAGAAUCUAUAAAAAUUAUGGUCCAAGAUGAUUACCCAGAACACUGGCCAAGUCUUCUCCACUGGAUAAAAUGCAACUUACAAUUGCAAGAUCAGCAAGUUUUUGCAGCUUUAUAUGUACUGAAGGUUUUGUCUGGGAAAUAUGAGUUCAAGUCUAACAAUGAGCAAACACCUUUUUAUCUCAUUGUUGAGGAAACAUUUCCUCUUCUUUUGAACAUAUUCAACAAACUUGUUCGGAUUGUUAACCCCUCAAUUGAUGUGGCUGUUCUUAUCAAGUUUAUAUGCAAAAUAUUCUGGUCAUCCAUAAAUUUAGACAUCCCACACCAGCUACUUAACCCCAAAUUGUUUAGUCCAUGGAUGGCCUUAUUUUUGAAUUUAUUGGAAAGACCUGUUCCUUUGGAAGGUCAACCAUCUGAUCCUCAUCUCAGGCAAUCUUGGGAUUGGUGGAAAGUCAAGAAGUGGACAAUUCACAUCUUAAAUCGUUUGUCUACUAAGUUUGGGGAACUGAAGCUUCAGAAGUCAGAGAGAAAAAUGUCUGCUCAAUGGUUUCAAAAGAGUUAUGCUGUCAAAAUUUUGGGACGCUACCUGCAUUUGCUUAAUGGUAUUCGUACAGGCAGUUAUCUGCCUGAUAGAGUUAUAAACCUUAUAUUUCAAUUUCUUUACUUCAGUAUUUCAGAGUACAAUACUUAUCACUUGCUGCAACGACAGCUUGACAUUGUUCUUUUUGAGUUAAUCUUUCCUCUAAUGUGUUUCAAUGAGAAUGAUCAAAAGUUAUGGAUUGAAGAUCCACAUGAGUUUGUCAGGAAGGGCUAUGAUUAUAUUGAAGAUCUAUACAGUCCUCGAAUAGCAGCCGUGAAUUUUUUGAUCGAAUUAGUGAGCGAGGAUGAGAAAACAAACCUACAAAAGUUUAUUCGUUUUAUUGCGGAGAUAUUUAGGAGAUAUAAUGAGGCACCUAUUGAAUAUAAACAAUAUGGUCAGAAAGAUGGUGCUCUUUUGGCUAUAGGAGCAUUAUGUAAUAAACUUAAGCAAUCUGAGCCUUAUAAGUCAGAGAUAGAGCUCAUGUUAGUUCAACAUGUUUUUCCAGAGUUUGCAAGUCCCGCAGGUCACCUUCGAGCAAAGGCAGCAUGGGUUGUGGGGCAAUAUGCAGAUAUCAACUUUUCUAACCAGAUCAAUUUUCGGAGAGCCUUUCACUGUGUUGUUUCUGGAAUGCGGGAUCCAGAGCUUCCCGUGCGUGUUGAUUCAGUUCUUGCUUUGCAUGCAUUUGUUGAAGCUUGCAAAGAUCUAAAUGAGAUCCGGCCAAUUCUUCCUCAAUUACUUCAUGAUAUUUUUAGAAUUAUGAAUGAAGUUGAGAAUGAGGACCUUGUCAUAACUGUUGAGAGCAUCGUGGGCAAGUUUGCUGAAGAAAUGGUUCCAUAUGCUUUCAGCUUGUGCCAGAAUCUGGCUGCUGCAUUUUGGAAAUGCUUCAAUAUCUCUGAAAGAAAUGACGAGGCUGAUAAUUCAGGUGCUUUAGUUGCUGUGAGUUGUUUGCGUGGCAUCAACAUAAUCCUUGAAUCCAUUUGCAGUCUUCCUAAUCUUUUUGUUCAAAUUGAGCCUAUUUUACUUCCUAUAAUGCAGAGAAUGCUGACUAUUGAUGGUCAAGAUGUUUUUGGAGAAGUUCUGGAAAUUGUCUCCUAUAUUACAAUGUUUUCCCCAACAAUCUCAUUGGGCAUGUGGAGUCUUUGGCCUUUAAUUCUAGAAGCCCUUGGAAAUUGGGCAAUACAUUUCUUUCAGAACAUGCUUGUUCCGAUGGACAACUAUAUAUCUCGGAGUACUGCUCAUUUUCUUGCAUGCAAAGAUCCAGAUUACCAGCAAAGCCUGUGGAAAGUACUUUCAAGAAUCAUGUUAGAUAGAAACAUGGAAGACAGUGAAAUUGAGCCUGCACCUAUGCUGAUUGGAGCAGUAUUCCGAAAUUGUAAAGGCCAAGUGGAUCAGUGGGUUGAGCCUUAUUUGAGGAUUACAAUUAAUCGAUUGCAUCAAGCAAAGAAGCCGUAUAUGAAGUGUCUUCUGAUGCAAGUGAUUGCUGAUGCUCUUUACUAUAACACUUCUUUGACUCUUGGGAUGCUAUAUAAGCUUGGCAUUGUUUCAGAUAUUUUCAAUCUGUGGUUCCAGAUGCUGCAAGAAGUUGGAAAGAAUGGUAUAAGUGUAAACUUUAGAGGGCUACAUGAUAAAAAGGUUUGCUGCUUGGGAUUAAUUUCUCUUCUUGGCCUUCCUACGGACCACUUGUCUGGUGAAGCUUUAGAACACGUCUUUAAAGCAACACUUUAUCUUCUAAUUUCUUAUAAGAAUCAAGUUGCAGACGAGGAAGAAGAAGAGUCUGAAUGUAAAGAAAUGGAAGAUGAUGCUGAGAAUGGAGAUGAAGUGGCUAGUCUAAAACUUCAGAACUUGGCAACAGAGAAUCAGAAGAGAAGAGUUCAGUCAAAUGAUGAGACUGAUGAUGAUAACAGCCAUGAUAAUGACUUACAAUCACCAAUUGAUAAAGUUGAUCCUUUCAGUUUCUUUAUUGAAACCAUUCAAGCUGUGCAAGCUUCAAACCCUACCAGGUUUCAGAACCUGAUCCACAACCUGGAUUUCCACUAUCAAACUCUUGCAAAUGGCAUUGCUCAAUAUGCUGAGUGGAGGAGAGCAAAUAUCAAGAAAAACAAGCUGAGACAAGGCAGCAACUCAGUAAAAAUCAACAUCCCUCCUCUUCAUAGUGUCUCACUAAUUCCUAAAUGGAGGAAGAAUGUGGGUAGCUAGUGCUGUGCCAUUUAUCAUCUCCUCUGCAGUCUUCCAUGUUUGGAGUUUAUUCUUUUGACCACCCAAGGUGGGUAUUGUUAGACCUCUGUGUACACAUUUAGAGUGAAGGGCGUAUUUGUUA